AUGACCCCUGCUUGGGGGGAGCGCUACCGCCAGGUGGAGGGUAUGGAGAAGCACCGGGAGGGGGUGGGUAAGGAGACGCGCCACCUGGGGGAGGAUAGGGAGACGACCCUGAGGGAGGAUAAGGGGAUUGCCCUGGAGGAGGGGGAUAUGGGGAUUGUCCCGAAGGGGGGGGGUAUGGAGAUGCACCCGGUUGCUGACCGUAUGGGCCCGGGGCUGAGCCCUGCUGGGGAUACGGUGCUGGGUACGGGGUUGCAGAAGCACCUCCCUGAGGCGGGGGAGCCCCGGCGGGAGCUCCGUAGCCUUCGGGACCUGUGUAAAAAGACACCCAAUGGCCGGAAUGGACCCCCAAAAGGGGUCGUCGGGGUGUCCGAAAGACACCCAUUUGGCCAAGUCAGGGGGUCCCAAGGACACCCAAUCGUCAUACCAAGGUCCCAGUUUCAACCCCCAGCUACAGGGCAGGGGGCUAAAUCCACUUCAUAA